UCCUUUUGGUCAUUUUGUUUUCGUAGUUUCUCUUAUAAAUUGUGGCGUUCUUUGUUUCCUUUGCACUUCAAUUUUGCCUUACUGUUCUUCUCUCUCUCUCCAUUUCAUUUGUUUUCGUAUGGCUUUAGUUUAUUUCAGUUUAUAUUGAUCAAUCUUGCUCCUGGUCAGCUCUGUUACACUAUCAAUUGCUUAUAAUCAUCCAAGAAAGGAAGUUGAUUCUCAGUUCUAAACGGGGCUUGCUUAAAACGAGAUUUACAGGAGCGGCUGAACAGGAGCUGCCAUGAGUACCCACAUGCAAAGCUGGGAACUCGACAAAACAAAGGGAAGAUUUACUGCGUUGUUUAUAACCUGGUUACUUGGGAAUGGAUCUCUUUUGGCGUGGCAAAGCAUGUUGACCAUUGGGGAUUACUAUGCUUUUCUCUUUCCGAGAUAUCAUCCAACGAGAAUACUCACACUUGUCUACCAACCUUUUGCUCUGGGAACGAUAGCCAUAUUAGCGUAUCAUGAAGCAAGACUUAAUACUAGACGUCGCAACCUGUUAGGCUACUCGCUCUUCUUCUCAAGUUCACUUGGCCUUCUUGUGUUAGAUUUAGCAACAUCCGGUAAAGGUGGGUUGGGGAUCUUCAUUGGUAUUUGUAUAGCGAGUGCAGCAUUUGGUGUCGCCGACGGUUUCGUUCAAGGAGGAAUGGUUGGUGAUUUAUCUUUGAUGUGCCCAGAGUUUAUUCAAUCUUUCAUGGCUGGGCUCGGAGCUUCUGGGACUCUGACUUCUGCUUUGAGAUUAACUACGAAAGCAGCAUUUGAGAGUUCAGAUGAUGGCCUUCGCAAGGGAGCAAUGUUGUUUCUUGCCAUCUCAACUUCUUUUGAGCUGCUUUGCGUCUUUCUCUAUGCAUUUAUGUUUCCUAAAUUACCAAUCGUCAAAUACUACCGAUCAAAAGCUGCUUCUGAAGGAUCCAUGACAGUCACUGCUGACCUUGCUGCUGCUGGCAUUCAAUCAUCAGUAAAGAAUGCAGCUGCAAUGGAGGAUCCGAAGCAAUUCGAGCGCUUAAGUAACAAAGAACUGCUAGUUCAAAAUAUCGAUUAUGCGCUCGACCUCUUCCUGAUAUAUGUCUUGACACUGUCAAUUUUCCCUGGUUUCUUAGCCGAAGAUACAGGUUCUCACAGCUUGGGUUCAUGGUAUAUACUCGUUUUGAUUGCCAUGUACAAUGUCUGGGACCUUGUGGGUAGAUAUGUACCUCUUUUGAAACCGAUCAAGUUGGUAUCAAGGAAAGGUCUCAUAUUUGCUAGUCUCUCGCGUUUCCUAUUCAUCCCAGCAUUCUAUUUCACAGCCAAAUGCGGAGAUCAAGGGUGGAUGAUAAUGUUGACGUCCGUCUUGGGACUGAGCAAUGGCUAUCUCACUGUUUGCGUUCUUACAGAAGCACCAAAAGGAUACAAGGGUCCGGAACAAAAUGCAUUGGGGAAUUUGUUGGUUGUUUUUCUAAUUGCAGGUCUUUUCUCAGGCGUCGUACUCGAUUGGUUGUGGCUAAUUGGUAAAGGUUGGUAACAAAUUCUGUACUGGAGUAACAACAUUAUCCUACCCGCCUGCACAGAGGCCAAUCUAGGUAGAGGAUCUGAAAAGCAGAAAGAAAAGAAAAUUACUAGUAUACGAGAAACGAGCCACGUAUUUUUUUUAAUAUAUAUUUAUAUAGUUCAUGUGUCACUUUGGACAAUGUAUGUUAUAGAUAUCAUGUGGAUGUUUAAACAUUUGAAUUGCGAUAACUUGAGUCUUGGUCAUA